AGCUGUGCGGACUACUUAUUUCAACCGACGAUCUUUCAAACUUGUCCAAACAAUACUAAGGUCAGUCGUAUGCGCGUUCUCAUUAAGGAUAGAAAGACGAAACAAGCUGAAUGUGACGUCUGCAGUCAUGAGACGCCAUCGAUGGUGUCGUCCUUGUGAAUUCUCCCCCGCAGUCGUUGUUAUUCUCGCGUGCAUUGUCGUCCUGCAGUUUCUCCUUCUGAUCAAGGACCAAGAUGGACUCUUUCAAACAGAUUACAGCGAAAUGUCUAAAAAAUCAACACAAAUGAAAACGGAGACACGAAUUGCAACAUCAGGCGUUCUGCCUACAACGGAAACGAUCGAUACGUUUCGGACGUGUACUUGUGGCAUGCACUACCAAGUGAACGGGACUGAAGCUCUUGUAUUUCCUUCAACACCGAAGAAGAAAGUGUUGCUAGCUAUUGGAAUACCCACAAUCCACCGCGUCGGCGAAACCUACCUGCUUCAGACUCUCGACUCUCUCAUUUCAAACAUGGCGGAUAACGAGCGAGAUGACGUCAUCAUUAUUGUUUUUCUAGCAGACAGAGAAACUGAAAAAAGGACAAUGCUGGCCACCAGCAUCAAAAACAAGUUUGGGGAUUUAUUGCAGAGUGGCAUGAUCAGUGUUAUUCAAGCUCCCAACAGUUACUACAAUGCAAUAAACGUCACGAAACUAACAUACAACCAACCAAUAAAGUACGUAAAAUGGCGAGCAAAACAGAAUUUUGACUAUGCCUACAUGUUUAAGUACAGCAUGGGGCGAUCUUCGUACUACAUGCAGAUCGAAGAUGACGUAAAGACUCUCCCAGGCUACGUAGAUUCUAUCAAGCAGUACAUAAAGGAGCAGACGGACGAAUGGACGUGUUUGGAGUUCUCGGAGCUCGGCUUUAUCGGGAAGCUGUACCACACUGAGGAUCUCGACAAGAUGGCCAUGAUGUUUCUGCUGUUCUACCAGGAACAGCCGGUCGACUACACGUACCUCUACUUCAACCUGGUCAUGACGCAGAUGACGAAGAAACUCCGCAAGCCGACACUGUUCCAACACCUGGGCAUCUACUCCUCGUUCCCGGGAAAAAUACAACCGCUCAAGGAUCGGUAUUUCGACAACUUCACCAAGGUGUUCAAGGCCGAUAAUCCUCCGGCGGAAAUCAUCACCUCCAUGAGCGUGUACCUGACCUUUCUGCCCCGGCUGGCUUAUCAAGGUGAAGGUUAUUUCUGGAGUCACGGGGCGCCCACCGACGGCGACACGUUCACGGUGGUGUUCCAGGAACCCCAGAAGCUCGUCCGUGUAGUGGUUGUCACUGGUUCCGAGGGACACCCACACGACCGUAUCGAAUACGCCCGGCUCGACGCGAGUCUGACGUUGUUAAAGACCGACAACGAUUUGAAAUGCACCAAUGACAUAUCGUUAGGUUUUUUCGAAAACGGCAAUAUAGACGCUGGGUUUCUGAUCGAAAAAAUAAGUUUCAAAGUGAUGUGUUUACGUAUUACAGUAACAAAAGUGCACGCAUUAUGGGUUAUAAUCAAAGAAAUUGCUGUAUUUGUUUCUAAAUAAAUUAAAUAUAUAUAUAUA